AUGGACACGUGGCGUGCAGGACUGAAGGGAGGAGCAGAUAAGGAUGACGCUUUCAAUAGCAGAGGCAGUCUGCUGGCAUCACUUAAAAGUUUGGAUCACGCAAAGCCUCCUAUUGUAUCUGUUAUUGAACAAGGAGAGGAACCAUAUUUGAUGGGCACGCAGGACUCAGUUGAGAAGGAGCUUCCAGAAUAUUCAUGUUCAACUGGUGAGUCCAUCAAUGACACCAUUCCUGAGAGAAAUUCCCCACCCUUUCCUCCAUUGGAUUGGGAACCUUCCAUUGUCACUCAAGAAUAUACUCCCAGAAUUACAAGAAGCAAGUCGUCACUUGUUCCUGUUCAAAUAAAGUCAGAAGAACAAAAUGGAUUCCAUUCUUUACAUCUUCCUUCACAUCAGUACAGUUCCUGGACUGAAUAUUCUACAACUCAUUACACCCAAAGAAACCAAGACGAUAAACCUCUUAACCUGUCCAUAAUGAAUGCAGACUUUGUUAAGCACGAGAAACUCUUUCGUAAAGCAAACUUGUUUGCGUGUUUUGAUGCUGGUAAAAUGUUGACUUAUGAGUCUGAACUAUUUGAACAUGAGGGAAUGCACAAAAAACAGAAACAAUUUGUAUGUCCUGUGUGUGGAAACCUCUUCACUUCUAAGUUAGGUUUCAUAAAGCAUCAGAGAAUCCACCAAGGUGAGAGCAACUUUUCUUGUGACGAAUGUGGAAAAUCCUUUGUAAGUGCCUCUGAAUUCAUCAUGCAUAGGAAAACUCACACAGACAAGAAACCAUAUGUAUGUUCUGAAUGUGGAAAGUGUUUCAUUACUAGCCUUCACCUUAAUAGACACAUGAGAAUACAUGAAAUUGAUAAGCCAUUCCCAUGCUCGGACUGUGGAAAGUGCUUUAGCAGUGCUGGAAACCGUUUAGUGCAUCAGAGGAUCCAUACUGGGGAGAAACCAUUUAUGUGUUCUCAUUGUGGCAAAUGCUUUACCCAGAAAGCUAGUUACCUUUCACAUCAACGAAUUCACACAGGUGAGAAACCAUUUGUGUGCUUUCAUUGCAGCAAACGUUUUACUCAAAAAGCCAGCUGCAUAGUUCAUCAGAGAAUCCACACAGGAGAGAAACCCUUUGUUUGUUUUGAGUGUGGAAAAUGUUUCAGCUCAAAGGUAUAUUUGAUGAGACACCGCAUGAUCCACACUGGGGAGAAGCCGUUUGCCUGUUCACAGUGUGGUAAAUGUUUUACUCAAAAAGCAAGUUAUUUGGCACAUCGUAGGAUCCACACUGGGGAAAAACCCUUUAUCUGUUCUCACUGUGGUAAAUGCUUUUCACAGAAGGCAAGUUGCAUUGUGCACCAGCGAAUUCACACAGGGGAAAAACCAUUUGAAUGUAGUGACUGUGGGAAGUGUUUCAGCUCCAAAAUCUACUUAGUCCGACACAGAAUGAUCCACACUGGUGAAAAACCCUUUGCAUGUUUUGACUGUGGGAAGUGUUUUACUCAGAAAGCCAGUUAUAAUGCCCAUCAAAGAAUCCAUACUGAAGAGAAACCCUUUAAAUGCAUGGAUUGUGGCAAAUGCUUUACACAGAAGGCAAGUUAUAUCACCCAUCAGCGGGUCCACAGUGGAGAAAAACCAUUUGUGUGCGCCCUCUGUGGUAAGUGCUUCACACAGAAAGCCAGUUACCUCACACAUCAGAGAAUUCAUACGGGGGAAAAGCCAUUUAUGUGCACACUAUGUGGAAAAUGUUUUACGCAGAAAGCGAGCUAUCUGGCACAUGAGCGGAUCCAUACUGGUGAGAAACCAUUUGUCUGCUCGCAGUGUGGAAAAUGUUUUGCUCAAAAGGCAAGUUGCAUCGUCCACCAGAGAAUUCACACAGGUGAGAAACCGUUCGUCUGUUCCCAAUGUGGCAAGUGUUUUGCCCAGAAAGCAAGCUGCAUUGUGCACCAGAGAAUCCACACAGGCGAGAAACCCUAUCAGUGCUUGGAGUGUGGAAAAUGCUUUAGUUCUAAAAUCUAUCUUGUUCGGCAUCAGCUAAUCCACAGAGGAGAAAAGCCGUUUCAGUGCAUGGAGUGUGGCAAGCGAUUUACCCAGAAAUCAGGUUACAUGUCACAUGUGCGAAUUCAUACAGAUGAGAAACCAUUCAAGUGUGAUGUUUGUGGCAAAUGUUUUGCCCAGAAAGCAAAUUAUCUUGCACAUCAGAGAAUCCACACUGGGGAAAAGCCCUUUGUGUGUAAUGAUUGUGGUAAAUGUUUUUCACAAAAAGCUAGUUAUAUUACCCACCAGAGAAUCCACACAGGGGAGAAACCAUUUGUAUGUGCUCAGUGCGGUAAGUGCUUUUCUCAAAAAGCUAGCUACCUCGCUCAUGAAAGAAUCCACACAGGGGAGAAACCAUUUGUGUGCACUCAGUGUGGGAAGUGUUUUACACAGAAGGCAAGUUGUGUGGUGCAUCAAAGGAUCCAUACUGGUGAGAAACCCUUUGAAUGUUCUUCCUGUGGAAAGUGUUUCCGACUAAAAAAGAGCUUUGAUGAGCACCAGAGAACACACACGGGUGAGAAACCCUUUCCUUGUUCAGACUGUGGCAAAUGUUUUACCAAUGCAGCAAACCGUAUCAUACAUCAAAGAAUCCACACAGGGGAGAAGCCCUAUGCUUGCUCUGUGUGUGGAAAAUGUUUUACGCAAAAAGCUAGCUAUGUAUCGCAUCAGAGAACUCACACUGGUGAGAAACCAUUUGUUUGUUCUCAGUGUGGGAAAUGCUUCACCAGUGCCUCAAACCUCAUUGUCCACCGCCGUAUCCACACAGACCAGAAGCCCUUUCUCUGUAUUGAAUGUGGCAAAUGUUUUACAUCCAAGAUUUAUCUGGUCAGACAUCAGAUUAUCCACACAGGACAGAAGCCUUUUGAGUGUCCAGAUUGUGGGAAGCGGUUUACACAGAAAGCAGGCUACGUGGCACACCAGAGGAUCCACACAGGAGAGAAACCCUUUGUGUGCACUCACUGUGGGAAAUGUUUUACUCAAAAGGCUAGUUGCAUUGUGCAUCAGCGGAUUCACACAGGAGAGAAACCAUUUGAGUGCUGUCAGUGCAACAAGCGGUUUAGUUCUAAGGUAUAUCUGGUGCGGCACCAGCUGAUUCACACCGACGUCAAACCCUUUAAGUGUUCAGAAUGCGGAAAGUGUUUUACCCAGAAAGCUAGUUAUAAUGCACAUCAAAGAAUUCACAUGGAUGAGAAACCUUUCAAAUGCCUCGACUGCGGAAAGUGCUUUACUCAGAAGGCCAGUUUUGUGGCACAUCAGAGAGUUCAUACAGGUGAAAAACCAUUUGUGUGUACUCACUGUGGCAAAUGUUUCACUCAAAAGGCAAGUUGUGUCGUACACCAGAGAAUUCACACGGGUGAGAAACCUUAUGGCUGUACCGAAUGUGGAAAAAGUUUUAGCGCUAAAGUUUAUUUGGUAAGACAUCAGUUAAUUCAUGCAGAGGUAAAGCCCUUUAAGUGCUUGGAAUGUGGAAAAUGCUUCACACAGAAAGCAACAUAUCUUGCACAUCAAAAACUUCACAUAGAUGAGAAGCCUUUUAUAUGUUUAGAGUGCGGGAUGUGCUUCACCCAGAAAGACUGUUACACUGCACAUCUGCAAGUCCAUGUAGAUGGGAAACCUUUUGCAUGUACUUGAUUACUGCAUGUAUAAGGCAUAUAACCUCAGUGUAUGUUUCUUGUUAUUUUUGGCAAUAGUUUACCACAUGUCACUUUUUGUAGUAGAACAGAGAAAUAAUAUAGCAGAGAAGAGAACUCACUGUAGGCCUUGUUUCUC